GGUAUCUUCAAUGCUCAAGAGUAGACCGUCUCAAGCAACCUUGAUUCUCAUUUGCGUGUUCAUGCGCACUCAGUAUGAUUGAACCGAUCGGCCUUGUAGGCACUCUCAUCGCCAUCGUCCAGGUAUGUGGUAAGUUGGUGUCGGUGUGCUAUGACUACCGCAUGGGCGUCCGAAAUGCCCCCAAAGAUAUCUCUCGGAUUCUGGACGAGAUCACCAGUGUUGGGAGCAUCGCACAGCAAUUAGUGAAGGCCGUUGAGUUGGACGAUGCCUUGUCUUUGCCGUCUUUACAGGCGAUGGAUGGGGAUGAUGGCACUCUCCGCAGGUGUUUGGUCGAAUUGCAGGACCUGAAAGCAAGCUUGAAACUGGGGAAAACCUCCAGUUUGAGGCGUGCUCUGGCGUGGCCGUUGCAACGUGCAGACGCGGAAACAAGAUUGCAAGUUCUUGCGACCAUCAAGAGCACGCUGCAAUUGGCACUGGCGGCUGACAACGUUCAAAACAUGAUGGAGGUAUUAAGCCUCACCCGGUCGUUGCCGAGUGUUGAGAAGAAGAUUACUAGACUCUCGGAGAGUGUGGCUCGAUCUAACGAGGGUAGGAUGAGAUUCAGAAGUUGAUAAAACCGCUAUUGACAGUCUUAGAUCAUCAAAUCGCUGAGCUUUUCAAUCAGCUGGGAGGACGCAGUCAAUCAGACAAGCAAGAGCAAGAGUACCAAAAAUGUGCUCCAGCUACUGGUGACUGGCUAUUGAACACAGCGCAGUACACGGAAUGGAAGACCAACCCCAACGA